CAGCCAAUAUCUAGAAACUUCUCAGCUCCACGCUCCACACGCUACCGCUUCAGGAGUAUAGGCCAGCAUAUUACUCGUGCUUGCACUUGCAAAUCAAAUCUUUCCAGAACUCGGAUUUUUCUCUCUCUCGUUUUUAGGGUUCGAGCCAUCCUUCCCUCCCCUGCCCCCAAUGAGCGACCUUGGCGGCUUCGGCAUGCGGCGGCAACCGACUGCGGCGGAGGUUGUGGGGCGCCUCAAAGAUGACGGCGACUUCGACGCCCUCCGCCACGCCAUCGUUCGCAGGGUCAAGGACAACGAGGUGCUGCGCAACAACAUUAUCACAGAAGUCAAGCAGUCAAUGGUACUAAAUGAAGACGGCUCUGAAAAGUUCAAAUUAAAAGAACUCUCUGAUGCCAUUUUUCAAGAUAUUGGGAGCAAAAUAAUGGGUCAAAUCUCAGACGAGGCUUGGAGUGUCAUCCAGUCAAAAGAAACUGAUAUCCGAGGAGCUGUGGAAGGUGUAUUCAAUAGGAUAAUGAAUCCUGAACAGCAACAGGACACCGCGCCUUCUUCCAAGAGGCUGAAGAAAAAUGGUAAAGGGGAGCAAGUCUCACCAGGAAAAGCACCAACCUCUGUUACAGUCCAGUUGGAAGAUGAUGAUCCAGAGGAACCACCAGGGUUUGGUUUCAGUGACCAUCAGCGCAGUAAGGUCAUAGUAAAGCAGGAGCAGCCAUCAAAUGGGGAGAACCAUCCCCAAGUGAAGCCAAAUCAAUGUGAGCCAGUUGACGCCGGCAGCCUGGCUGAUGGCGAUGAUGAGGAUCCUGAUGUGCCUCCUGGGUUUGGUUAACAGCCUUGCAAACUUCUAUGGCCGUGCCAUCCUUUCUGUGGCAGUAAUGUGCGAGAACAUAUGUGAUUUAGAUUUGGUUCAUAUUUGCAGCACAACAGGUAUAGUUUGUUCAGUAUGAAUCUUCAGUCAUGGCUGAAACUGGAAGUUCACGCCCACCCUUAGCUUUAGCUCUUGAUGCAUUAAUGAGAAGACAAAUGGACAGUAGAUUAUAUGUUAUCCGGACAGUGGAUUCCUUCUCUGGGUUGGCUUCCAAGCAAUGGCUUCAUUUUGUGUGCUUUCUUCAGAUUGUGUUGAUUUCCUCGAUGAGAGUUGUGUUCUUUUAUUGAUGGAAGGUGUAUAAAGUUGCAAACG